UCUUCACUUGACAGAAAAACAUCCGGCGGCGAUGUUUCCGUUUUUUUCUUUUCGGGAUUGGAUUCAUCAGGCGAUUCACAUAAUUCUUCUCAAAUUCUUCUCAUGGUAUGAUUUCGUCUUCACUCCAACUUGUACAACAACUGAUUCCGAAAUUCCAAAUGAAAUCAUAACAGACAUACUCUUAAGGCUGCCCCCCAAAUCUCUCUUGAAAUGUAUGUCCGUUUCUAAAUCAUGGCAUCAACUCAUAUCUAGCCCUGAUUUUGUGAAUACACAUCUCAAAUUAAACUCAAUUCAUAGAGUUCUGUUUCCAGGCAUCAAUGGAAAUUUCAACUUUAGUUCUCUCCUCCCUUCCACUGUUCAAAUGGGUUCUAUUGCUUUAAUAUCUUCCGUUGUGGGUACUGCCAAUGGGCUAAUUUGUCUGUACAAUUACAAAGGGGAGAUAUAUAUAUGGAACCCCACCAUUAGCAAGUCAAAGAAACUACUUGAUUUGCCGUGGAGUUCCUCUUUCUAUAUGAAAUAUGGUUUUGGAUAUGAUGAAUCACGUGAUGAUUACAAAGCUCUGUUUAUUGAUGAUGAAUCCGACCUGAGUUAUGUGGUCAACAUUUAUAGUUUGAGGAUGGAUUCUUGGAAAACACUCCAUGACCAGCUUAAGGGCGUCUUUCUAAUAAAUCUUCCGGCUAAAUUUGUCAACGGGAAGCUUUAUUGGACUGCAUCUACGAGUUUUUGUGACAUCAAUGUGCGCAAGAUCAUUUCGUUUGAUGUAGCAGCCGAGACAUGGGGUAGCUUGGAGCUUCCCAUUUGUGGAGAAGACAAUUCAAAUUUCAAAUUGGGAGCUGUUGGAAAUGAGCUUUCUAUGAUUUACACUGCUAAUUUAGAUGCUACUACUUCAGAUGUCUGGAUUUUGAAGAAUAGCGGCUUACAUGUAUCUUGGACGAAACAGUUCACCAUUGAAUAUCCUCAAAAUGCUGGGAUACAUAUGGGUUCUCCAACUACUUACCCAUUCUCUACACAUCUUCGCCACUCAACCAAGGGCGACAUUUUACUUUCCCUUCCCGGAGUUAUACUGAUAUUUGGGGGUUCAACAAGAAAGCUAGAGCACACUGUUGAUGUUGUGGGAUGCGAUCCAGUAGAAUUCUAUGCAGGAAGCAUUGUUAAUCCCUUACGAUUUCUGGUAAGAAUUCUGCUUAGUUUAGCUUGUAUGCUCUUUUUGCACUUCUUUUUCUGUCAAGUAUAG